AUGAGCGUAUGGGAUGCAUUGCACAAGUACCGGAAGCACUGCUGCGCUCCACAAUCGGUCCUACCGAUCCGGAAGUCGCUGGUGUACUGCGAAGUACCUUCCUACACGACCGUACCGGUGCUGCUGGUGUACGGCAGCUGCAUGAAACGUUGCAAGGAAACAUCGUUGGUAAUAACUUUGAUGGCGGUGGCGUUUAUGGUUCACCACUUGAGACAGCUGCCGACGACACCACAGCUGGACCGACCGGCACAGCUAAUGAUAUCCUUCAUGAUGCUGGCGCCUAUGGACCACCGCUUCGUACAGGUCCCGAUGUACCCGCGCCUGGAACGACCACCUCCGACACUCGCAUGGCAGAUGCUGGUGCUACGGGCUUGGCGCCUGUCGCGGUCGUCCUGCGCCAACCAGGCGAUCCUGCUGAUGCCAAUCUGGGCAUCCCGAAUGAACUGGAGGUGGUCCUUCCACAAGCAGCUCCUGUUCCGACGGACGGCACCGACUUUGAUAACCGGNCCAACGUGGUGCACGACUUGCUCACCGGGCGUGCACGUCUCGCGUUCGCUGCUGGCGGCCGUGGUGCUCAGAUCGUGGAUGGACCGCCAUCCAGCCAUCCUCAACGUCUGCUUCCCGGUUUCGUUUCCAUAUGGUUUGUCCGGACAACGGCCACCGGGUAUGUCGUUCGCCUCGUAUUGCAGCCACCUUGUACGGAGGGUGCCACGGGCGCAGUUCAGCGGUAACUUGAUGCUGCUUGCCCGAAUGUAUGAUAUCAGCGUGCGGCAGCAAAGCAUGGCGCAGCGACGGCACCAGCUGUCGCAACAGUCACCCGUGGUGCGUGCCCUCCUGGAUGGCGCACGCGCCAGCCUGCUACGAAUCGACCUUACGGAUGCCUACUACAACGGUGCAAAAGCCACGAUGCGUGCGGCUGCCCUCACUAUUGGCUGGCCGCCAUUGUUCUUCAAUCUGAACCCGGCGGACAUGCACGCUAGCUGUGCCGUUGUAGCCUCCGGUCAGGUCAUAGAUUUUGAUGACGCCGGGCGUCCGACCCAUAUCAGCAGCACGGUGGAAAAGUGGCGCCGCGUCAAAGAAGACCCGCACAGCUGUGCGGCGCUGCUCAUCGCCACCAAAGAGGUGUUGGUGGAACACCUGUUUGGCUUCACGCCUGGAGCAAUGCGACAAACUGACCCCAACUGUUUCUGUGGGGUCGUAUUUGAGGUAGUCGUCAAAAUCGAGCAGAGCGGACGAUUGGCACUACACCUGCACGGAGUCGCACACCUCCAGUACUUCGCGCUGGACAACCUCCAAGCGUUAUUCUGCGGUCCGAAUUGCCGAGCUCUGGCGCUUGCAUACGCGUUGUGCGAAAUGUGGUACCCCUCGCCGUACUAUGCUCCGACACCGACCAAUGAAAUGCAGCCUCUCGUCAUGGGUAUGUCUAAUACGGAAGUGCAGCAACACGGCUUGUCCGUGCCAGAAGUACAGGCAAAUUGCCCACCUGCCGCGUACGACUUUGAAUGCCUGGCAGGUUCGACAUGCAAGCGGCACGGCUGCCGUGGCACCGACGACAGCUGCGGCAUGGCCUUUCCCCGAUUUAUCCGCACAGCUUUCCAGUGGGUCGGUACCACCGGUCUAUUUUUGCUGCCCCGCCUCGCAUCCAACCUGCACGAUUCACACAGCUCUAAAUGCGCAAUUCGAUGCACAGUUCAAUGUACAAUUAGCCGCGGAAUUCAACGCGCGCUUUACCGCAUUAUUUGA